UUUUGUUGCUUAAAGCUUGCCUUCUUCCCCUUGACCCUUAUCCUCUCUCUCUCUCUCUCAGAAAAGAGAAAAAACAACUCAGCUGCUGAGCUGCCAAUUCAGCUCUCCCCCAUCUGAAAAAGAAUUUCAUUUCAUGCUCCACAAGGAGAAAGAGAUAGAGAGCUUGACCCACUAGGCCACCACUAAGUUGAGGGUCGGCUACAGUUGUCCUAGCAGCAGCAGCAAAGAAAAAAAACAAUUCAAAAAAAAAUUAAAAAAAUAGUAUCUAUCGAUCCCACACCGGGUCAUAUGAUCAUGGAAGGUGAUGAAAAUGGGAUCCGCAUCCGGCCCAAUUUUCCAUUACAGUUUCUCGACAAGAGAAAGGAGGAAGAAGCAGCUGCCUCCUCCUCCAGCUACGGUGGCGCUGAGCCUGCAGGUUCUUCCAAGGCCGUGGUCGUUGCCCGAUCCACUUCCGAUGUCUCCAGCAUUCAAGAAAAGAAGCCUGCUCCUCCCAAGAGGACGUCAACGAAAGACAGGCACACCAAAGUGGACGGUCGUGGCCGCCGGAUCCGCAUGCCUGCCACGUGCGCCGCUAGGGUUUUUCAGCUGACUAGAGAGCUAGGGCACAAGUCGGAUGGGGAGACCAUCGAGUGGCUGCUCCAGCAGGCCGAGCCGGCCGUCAUCGCCGCCACCGGGACCGGCACUAUUCCCGCCAACUUCACAUCCCUCAACAUCUCGCUGAGGAGCUCCGGCUCGAGCAUGUCGGCGCCGUCGCACUUGAGGACCAGCGGCUACUUCAACCCGACCAACAGCAGUAGCAACCUGUUGUUCGGCGGCGGCGCAUCGCAGUUGAUGGAGGAGCAACAGCGCGGCAGGGUCUUGUUUCCGGGGGUUGAUUUGUCUCCGUCUUCAAUGUUGUUGAAUUUCAACUCCGGAAAUGUGAAUGCCAUGUUGGAAGCCAAGCAAGAAAUGCGCGAUCAAGGUAAUAAUAAUACUAGUGCUACUACUACUCUUGAUCUUGAUCAUAUGUCCAGAGAGGGGAGUAGUAUAGGAAGAAAGAGAAGGCCUGACGAGCAAGAUUUGUUAUCGUCAUCAUCGUCCCAUACUAGUCAUAGUCAAUUGGGGAAUUACAUGUUGCAAUCGAGCACGGGGUCGAUUCCGGCAAGCCAGAGUACGAUUCCGGCGACAUUUUGGAUGGUGGCGAACAAUCCUUCUAGUAACAACAGCAAUCAAGGCCAGGCUGGGAAUAUGAGUGGUGGUGGUGGUGGCGGUGCUCAUCUUCAUCAUCAAGACCCACCUAUGUGGACAUUUCCCACUACUGUCAACGGUAACCAUGGGCUGCAUUUCAUGAAUUUUGCUCCUCCAAUGGCAAUAUUACCAAGUCAAGUGCAAUUGGGGACCUCGGUAUUGAGCACUGGUGGAGGCGGAGGAGGAGGCGCAAUGGCGGACAGCCACUUGGGUAUGCUGGCGGCGCUCAACGCGUAUAGGCCAAUUCUCAGCGGUGGCGCUCCGGUGAAUGGGCAGCAUCCAUCAGACGAUGCAGAUGAGGGACACCAUGAUGAGCAUUCAAAUGCUAGUCAACGUUAAUCCUAGGGACCGUUCUAGUAUAGCUAGUACUAGCUAUGGGACAGCGAUACUGCUGCAGUUUUCUGGUAAACGACUAAUUUAUGAGCUUCAUGAAAAUAUGUGUAUUUGAUCGACCUCUCAAUUCUGAUCGAUAUAUGGAACGAUGAUCGAUCACUUGAGUUGAUUGAGCUAGAGCAUUCCUCUCUGAGUUUUCGAUGAUCUAUGAUCAUGUACGUAGAGAUGUCGAGUUUAAAUGUGUCUCUGCAAAGUUGUUGCAAGCUUUUGACCAAUAAAAAAAAAAAGUUGUUGCAAGCUGUGAAUUUCUUGUGUUCCGUGGGUUUUAUUUUCUUUCUUGUGUUAGUAUUGAAAUCAAGGCUUGCCCAUAUAUAGGACUGAAAUAGGUUUGUGUAUUUAAGAACGUAGUUGAAUUGCAAUUCUUAUGGUCCGAGAGCAUUUAGUUGUGCAUUCAGAGAGGAAAGUUUCAAGUACGUAGUAUUAAAUUUUGUAAUUCCUGUAAUUCAUACACUGCUAGCU